AUGAUACGCCUCAAAUGCGUCCAAACCGUGCUCUUCUUCUCCAGCCUUGCGGCUGCAAGCCUUCCACGCGUCGACUUUGAUAGAAUGGGAAAGGUAGGCCUAGCGGGCACCUUUGCUGGACUUGAUCUCUUCGAUAAUUCGACUUCGACUAUUACAUUCGACCCGUCAACCUCUACAAUAUUUUCUCGCACGACGAACGGCGACUUGACACGCCUUGGAUCGACCAACACUGGUGGGAGGAUAAACGCGGGCUGUCAACUUGGCGAUUCAUUCUACGUCGCGGGCACGUUCUCAUCGAUUGGCGGCACUUCAGCAGCGAAUGUGGCAUCAUACACUUCCAAGUCAGGGUUUACCGCUAUUGGAUCGAGUGGGCCCAAUGGUGAGGUCCUGUCCGUGUUCUGUGACCCCGACAACUCGAAAGUGUGGGUUGGAGGGACCUUCUCCUCGCCUGGGUCACUGGUCGCCGUGUGGGACACCAGUGCAUCUUCCUGGUCUGCACCUCCCUUUUCAGGUCUGUCUGGUGCAGGAUCCCGAGUCGAAUCCAUCACGACAAAUACCACACGACAAAGCCUCUUCUUCGCGGGCUCGUUCUUGACUUCGUUCGAAGGCAAUUCGACACUUAAUUUCACAAACAAUCCCAACGUGCCCUUCUCGGCUGGCGCCACUCCUUUUACCUCCUCCCUCGUUCCCGUGCCCUUGCAGGCAUCUCAAGUUCAAGGGUCACCAUCAGCGUCCAACCCGCAAUUCUCAGAUAUCAGCGCCAUCCUAUGUCCAACAGGCCCAGAUGGUCCUGGGACUUCCUGGUUUGGAGAGGAUGGGACCACUGCACAAAUCACUGUCAGGACUUUCGCUUCCAUUGCGGCUAGUGGGAUACGGCUUGGAAAUACUUUCCUGGACGGUCGCGGCACCACGGGAUUCAGUGUCACGACCAUUCCCGACAACACAGUUCGAACACUGACUUACACGGACCCAGUAUCGCGUGAGAACCGAACAUGCACAGAUCCAUGUCCACUCUCGACCGCCAACACUAUCCCAUACCAAGACUUCCUCUUUGAUGGAGCGGUCGGAAUUACCGGUGUUCUGGUCAAGUUGUCCCAAUUCACUGGCGCGUCGCCAGGUUUACAUUUGUUCCAGCUGCUUUCCUCUGGCGCGUUCGCUUCCGCACAAGCGGACGGCAAUGGAAAAUCGUGCUUCGCUCCCAACCCAUCCAAUACGACGUUAACUGGCGAUUGGGCCGUUAAAGUUGCGAAUACGGAUAUCCCAGGAACAAUCCAAUCCGUGCUCGUUGCAACGAUUGAUGUUGGGUCGCCUAUCGUUAACAGGCCGACAUUCUCUUGGAUGCCAUAUGUGUCCGCCGCCGGGAUCUAUGACAUCAAUAUGCUUGUACCUGGCUGCAAUGACUUCCAAGAUUGCGGUCAACGCACGUCGGUGACAGUCACGGUCUUCCCCGGGAAUGGCCUUGAUCCUGUCGUCACAACCGUAUCUCAGCAAAAUACUCUUGAUGCAUCCGUCUCUAUCUACAGCGGCCCAGUUAUUCCAUCAACCGACCAAUCCAUCGCCGUCAUUACAAUGGCCUUUCCCGAGAAUCCCCAAGGGCAGGGUGAGGGAGGAAAAUUCGAGAUGGUUGCUGAUCGCGUUCAGUUGUCGCUCAAGUCCAUACCUGGUGACAGUUCGAACAGUGGUCCUGUGACGUCAACCCAAGGCGGAAGGAGCGCAUUUGGGUUCUUUGAGUGGCCUAUCGUUUCGUCUGCCACUGCCGAUGCACGCACUACCCUUCCUAAUUCCACGGUGACCCCCCUCGACGCGGUUGGACUGUCGCUUCGCGAUCAACUGGGCUCAAGCGCCAACUCAUCCUUACCCGUGGUUCGUUCUGUAGCACAGCACUCAUCUGGUCUUCUCUUCGUCGGCGGUGACUUCAAUCUAUCGUCCGGCGCAAGGAACAUCGCCGUCUUCAGAGACAACUCACUUUCUCCUCUACCAUCGAACGGUCUCGAUGGAGCGGUGUCAUCUCUUGUUAUAGAAGGGGACAAACUAUUCGUCGGAGGGUCUUUCAGCGAUACUGCGACGCCGUCCUCGCAACGUAGCAUGCGUAACGUCGCAGUCUACGACGUUACUAGCAACACAUGGAGCGCGUUGCAAGCGGGGUUGGACGGUCCUGUCAAGAGCAUGAAUAACGUCGAUGGUCAGAUUCAGGUCGCCGGUAGCUUCGCGAAAGUUUUGGCGUCGCCCACAAGCAGCGAGGGUGCUGAUGCUGGGGGGUUGGCAGUAUGGAACGUAUCUUCCAGUUCUUGGGUUAACAGUGGCGGGUACCUCCGCGGCGACAUGUCCUUCGUGGGCAAUGGGUCUUCCAAUACCCAAUUCUUGGCUGGAGGUGUUUCCGCCUCUCGAAGAUUUGGAGCAACCGGCUUAGUAAUGCUCAAGAAUGGUAACGGCGAAUUCCCUACCGUCACGCCGCUCGGAAUCCAACUUCAAAGUCCAUUCAGCGCAUCUGGUACCUCAAACAAUGUUACCAGGCGUCAUACGACUCAUAUGCACCUACCAAAGACGAGCCUUUGGUUCUCUCAUAUGACUAUAUCCCAUCUGUUCUCCAGGCAAGCCCCUGCCAGCCAAUUAGCUCCUUUGCCUGCAUCUCCGUCGGCAGUGGCCCCCGCAGUAUUGACGGGGACGUUCUGGACGAACAUAUCUUCCUCAAGGGAGGUCAUCAUCUUUGGUGGCAACUUCUCAUACACGACAUCUGGCUCUUCCCAAGCACAGAGCGUUGCCAUCUACGACCCCCAGACGGAGUCUACGUCGCCAUUGCAAGGAACCCAAAUAAACGGGGUUGUGAGGACUCUAUUGGUAGCGAAGGGGAAGCUCUACGUUGGCGGACAGUUCACUAUUCCUGGGUCGAGUGCAAAUGGCUUCGCAGUUUAUGAUCUCCAGCGUCAGCAAUGGGACAGUGUCGAGGCGCUGCAAGGGUCCUCAGGUAAUCCGAUUGUGCGCUCCAUACAGUCCGCCCCUGCCAAUAGCAAUGUUGUCUUCGUCUCCGGAUCAUUCUCAGCCGCUGGAUCCGUUUCGUGUAUUGCGAUCUGUUCGCUCGAUAUCUCCACUGGACAGUGGUCAUCUCUGGGGCCGGGCAUAAAGGGGGAGGUCGCUUCGUUGGUUCUUGCAGGGGUGAGCGACGAUACCUUAAUUGCUGCUGGUUCCAUUGCAUUGUCCGACAAUAGUCCAUCUAAUGUCGUCCGGUACAGUAUUGGCAACUCCACGUGGUCAGCGCUUGGUUCUGGUUCAGAUCUUCCAGGACCAGUGACGGCCAUAGAAGUCAAUGGGGGCAACAUUAACAGUAUUUUCGCUGCCGGAAGGUCUCAAGACAACUCAUCGUUCCUAUCCGUCUGGAAUGGCUCAUCAUGGAAGUUGUUAGAAUCGAACUUGCGGGCGGACACAGCCGUGACACAGCUAGCCAUGGUUCCCCUACAGGAUUUCCACAGUGGCAACGACAUCAUUGAAGGGGAUCGCAUGCUCAUGGUCUCUGGCGACCUUGAUACUUCAGUUGGCAAUAUUUCUGCCGCUCUAUACGAUGGCCAAACCCUCUUCCCAUACAUCAUUUCGUCUACAGGCGCCGGGUCGCCGGGUUCCAUAUCAUCCCUCUUCCAUUCGUUCUCCUCUUUUAGCUUUUCCAAACGAACGUUCCUUGCCACUGGUGUUGUGAUCCUGAUCUCCAUAGCUAUUGCGGCAGGCGUUGUUUUCCUGCUAGCCUUAAUUGGCAUCCUCUGGACCCUGUUCUCUCGAAGAGACGAUAAAGUCCAUAAAGUUGACGGCGCAGAAGUUGAGGAUGAUGAUGAUUCUACCCAGCAUCGUCCUUCGUCUCUGCUAGAACAUAUCAACGCCGCAACACGUACAACCAUCCUUGGAGCUUCUCCCUUUGCUCCCUAUGGCUCAGAAAAAGAGAGAGGGAACGAGGGCCAUGCCUCGGCGGACCAAGACCCUUUUGGACCAGACGCCAGCAAUUAUGUUCGCGCAGAGACUCCGUCGGAUGCCGUUGGCGGCAUGUUGGAGGAAGAAAAGAGUCGACCUGCACGAGCGCGGUAUUCAUUCGACGGCGCCGAGGAGGGAGAACUGCCCAUAACCGCUGGCGCAGAACUGGAAGUCCUCGAUGACAAAGAUGCAGCAUGGUGGUAUGCUCGUGAUGUUCGGACUGGAAGGGAGGGUGUCGUGCCUGCUGCAUAUUUGUAUUAG